UGGGACUGUCAGGACCCCAGCGGUGGCCGGCGGACAUGGGCAUGGAGUUGCCCCCGCCCACCAUGAUAGAGGGGCUCGGCGAUGAGGUGACUGUUGUAGUGGGAAUUUUUAUUUUACUCCUUGCACUAAUCCUGGCAUGGCUGUCCACUUAUGUAGCUGAAGGCAGCGAUCCUCUGCUGGGUAGCCUGAUACCCACUGGACGUAGAGAACCUCUCCUAGGGCUCAGUAACCCAGUGCCUCCAAGUCCAGAACCACCAAGGGCUGUGGAGCCUCAAGUAGAAAAACCAGAAGAAGGGGAUCAAGGCGGUGAGCAAGAUACAGAUACCGAUAAUGCCACCCUUGAUCAGAUGCUGGAUAUCCAAGGAGUGCCUAAGCGUGGUCAGCCAGUGCCCCCAGUGAGUGAGGAGGAGGAAUUGCUGGGAGCAGGAGAUGCUGCAGGUCAGGAUAGUUCUCAGGGAGUAGCUAGAAGUCAAGGUCCUGAAGAAGAAGGUAAAGAGCAGGAUAACAGUAUUGGACAUAGAAGUAUAGGCAGAGAUCAUGAAUGGAAGAAGAAAGGUGAAGCAGUCCAGGAGCAGGCCCAGCCAGAAGAAGGAAUGAUCACAGUUAGGCUCAAGUUCCUGAACGAAACCGAAGAACUGGCUUUGGUGAGGCCGGAUGACACAAUUGGCACAUUAAAAAGUAAAUACUUUCCGGGUCAGGAGCCGCAAAUGAAGCUCAUCUUCCAGGGACAGCUUCUUCAUGACUCCACCCAGACCUUGCGCUCCCUCCAUAUUACAGACAACUGUGUGAUCCACUGCCACCGUUCUCAGGCCACUGUCUCCUCCUCUCCUGUAGGACCUGAAUCAGGAGGGACUUCCCAGGAGCAUGCUGGCCUCACGCCGCCCAUCGGGAACCUGAUGAUCCCAGUCUUUGUGGUUAUGUUGGCACUGAUCUGGUAUUUCCGGAUCAAUUACCGUCAGUUUUUCACGGCUCCGGCCACCGUCUCCUUAGUGGGGGUCACUGUAUUCUUCAGUUUUUUGGUCUUUGGCAUGUAUGGACGAUAAGAGAGAGCUUGGGCAAUGAGGGUACAGGAACAUUGGACUAUUGGGUAGAAUGACUAUGGGAUGAACCAAGAAAGCCUCUGAUAUGUAUUCUGUAUCAGUUCACAGUACCUUAAUCAGACUUAAUCCGGUGGUACUAUGAUUUUAUGCGGUAUAAAAUUAUUGUGCGGUAUCAGAUAUGCCUAUUGUCAUGGUGCCCUGAUCUAUCUCUAAAGGCCUUGUUUAAUAGGUCCAUAGUAUGCCAUACAUCACCCCACAACCUUUAAGACGCAAUGCAGGCAUUGAGGUCAUUGCUGUGCUGUAGAGGAAGUGGCACGGUUUUAUAUCUUGCAGGCAUGGUCUCAGACUAUGAAACCACUCAUACCACCUCCAGAAGAAAAGGCAUCAUACUGUACUGGAAAUAAGACUCCUGUAAAGGUGGAAUUCUGGUCCUAAAGCAAUAUUUAUACAUUCUAUUACUGUGUGCCACCUUAAAAGUCAAAUUCAGACCAUAAUAUAUGGCCCUUGCACAUGGUCUUUCUGGAGAUCUUGAGUUCUUUUCCACAUCUUGUAUGACAUUCAGAUGAUGCAUGUUAACGCUGAGCAAACCACAGAUUUGGGGAAUUGUGUGCAUGUUGUGAUGCACUAUUUUAGGACCCACAUAGGUUUUAUUAUAGCAGUAUAUGCACUUCAUCUCAUUGAGAAGACUGCUUCAAAAAUGGGGAUGGUACUACACCCCCUGAUAAUCCUCAUCGUUUGGCCUACUACGUGUCAUUCAGGGUUCAACCAGACACCGAUGGGGUGGUCGUUAACUAAAGCCUUGUGAUCACAAUCUGGAGUCCAUUGACUUGUCUUACAAUCCGAUCUUAUUAUUAUUUAUCUGUGCUGUAUUGUUGAUGGAGUGAAAAUGGUGAGACCUGUAGAUGUUUCCAUGAAGGACAAAAAGUAAGACACGAGAGCAUUGCUGAUGAGAAGGUUGCAUCACCCCCUCUACUUCUUCCUAUCCAGGAGGGGACAGGGGGGAUGGGUUUGAUCAUUUCCAUCCUAUUUUAAACUUAAAUCUACAGGGUUAUAUGAAUAAAAUAAUUUUGCUUCUUCAUGAACUGGAUUUG